AGAGGGGCAAAGCCGUUCACGCCGAUCCAUGAAAAUGCUUUGGAAAUUGACGGAUAAUAUCAAGUACGAGGACUGCGAGGACCGUCACGACGGCACCAGCAACGGGACGGCACGGUUGCCCCAGCUGGGCACUGUAGGUCAAUCUCCCUACACGAGCGCCCCGCCGCUGUCCCACACCCCCAAUGCCGACUUCCAGCCCCCCUACUUUCCCCCACCCUACCAGCCUAUCUACCCCCAGUCGCAAGAUCCUUACUCCCACGUCAACGACCCCUACAGCCUGAACCCCCUGCACGCCCAGCCGCAGCCGCAGCACCCGGGCUGGCCCGGCCAGAGGCAGAGCCAGGAGUCUGGGCUCCUGCACACGCACCGGGGGCUGCCCCACCAGCUGUCGGGCCUGGAUCCUCGCAGGGACUACCGGCGGCACGAGGACCUCCUGCACGGCCCACACGGGCUCGGCUCAGGACUCGGAGACCUCCCGAUCCACUCCUUACCUCACGCCAUCGAGGACGUGCCGCAUGUAGAAGACCCGGGUAUUAACAUCCCAGAUCAAACUGUAAUUAAGAAAGGCCCCGUGUCCCUGUCCAAGUCCAACAGCAACGCCGUCUCCGCCAUCCCUAUUAACAAGGACAACCUCUUCGGCGGCGUGGUGAACCCCAACGAAGUCUUCUGUUCAGUUCCGGGUCGUCUCUCGCUCCUCAGCUCCACCUCGAAGUACAAGGUCACGGUGGCGGAAGUGCAGCGGCGCCUCUCACCGCCCGAGUGUCUCAACGCGUCGCUGCUGGGCGGAGUGCUUCGGAGGGCGAAGUCUAAAAAUGGAGGAAGAUCUUUAAGAGAAAAACUGGACAAAAUAGGAUUAAAUCUACCAGCAGGGAGACGUAAAGCUGCCAACGUUACCCUGCUCACAUCACUAGUGGAGGGAGAAGCCGUCCACCUAGCCAGGGACUUUGGGUACGUGUGUGAAACUGAAUUUCCUGCCAAAGCAGUAGCUGAAUUUCUCAACCGACAACAUUCCGAUCCCAAUGAGCAAGUGACAAGAAAAAACAUGCUCCUGGCUACAAAACAGAUAUGCAAAGAGUUCACCGACCUGCUGGCUCAGGACCGAUCUCCCCUGGGGAACUCGCGGCCCAACCCCAUCCUGGAGCCCGGUAUCCAGAGCUGCUUGACCCACUUCAACCUCAUCUCCCACGGCUUCGGCAGCCCGGCGGUGUGCGCCGCGGUCACGGCCCUGCAGAACUAUCUCACUGAGGCCCUCAAGGCCAUGGACAAAAUGUACCUCAGCAACAACCCCAACAGCCACACAGACAACAGCGCCAAAAGCAGUGACAAAGAAGAGAAACACAGAAAGUGAGGCUCUGCUCCCGCCCCGCCCCCUCCUGCGCCUCACCAGCCCCAGUGCACCCACCCACUCGGUCCUCCCCCAUCGCCACCGCCCAGCAGGUGACAGCUCCCGGAUCAGCACCCCUUACUGCUGCUGCUACUGCUGCUGCUGCUGCCGCUGCCGCCGCUGCCCUUCAGUCCCCCUGAGUCUUCGGGACUGCUCUCUUGAUGGUCAGUGGGGCAGCUGCUGCCGACUCAGCCCCCCGCCUCAACUUCCCCAUCAGCCCCAGCAUCCCUUUGCUCUCAUGUGGAGCCUAAGAGAACAGAACAGGCCGUGAAGCCAGCAAAGAGAAGUUCUGUCGAGUUUUUGAACCUUUUUUUUUUUUAAAAAAGCAAAACAAAACACAACAGCAAAUCA